AAGCGGACAGCUGGGACAUUUCUCCUAGUCAGUCAUUUCCCUCAGCGCAGGCAGAUGGAUACCUCAAGCGAGAAUAUGGAGUCUCAAAGGCAGACUUUGAAGCCGGUGACGCUGCUGUCUUUGGCAAGAUACCACAUUUCUGAGGAGUACGGCUUUCUACUUCAGAAUCCUCUGAAAGAACUCCCCGAGCAGUACAGGCCUUGGAUGGAAAUUGCCAAUAAACUUCCUCAUUUAAUAGAGAGCCACCAGCUUCGGGCCCGCGUGUACAAGAUGCCCCUCCUGGACUGCAGGCUCCUAAAGAGUCAUCGUGAGCAACGCCUUGCACACCUGGUACUGGCCGCUAUCACCAUGGGAUUUGUUUGGCAAGAAGGAGAGACCCAGCCCCCAAAGGUGCUGCCGAGAACUCUUGCCAUUCCUUUUGUUGAAGUCUCCAGGAAGUUGGGUCUCCCUCCCAUCCUGGUCCACUCUGACCUGGUGCUGACAAACUGGACCAAAAGGAACCCAGAAGGACCAUGGGAAAUCAGUAACCUGGAAACCAUCGUCUCUUUUCCCGGGGGAGAGAGCCUGCGGGCCUUCGUACUGGUGACCGUUUUGGUGGAGAAGGCAGCCGCGCCUGGCAUUAAGGCCCUGGUUCGGGGAGUGGAGGCCGUCCUGCAACACAACCAGGACACCCUGCUCCAGGCCCUGCAGCAGCUGAGACUCUCCAUCCGGGACAUCACCAAAGCCUUGGCCCAAAUGCACGAUUAUGUAGACCCAGACAUAUUUUACACGGUCAUCCGGAUCUUCCUGUGUGGGUGGAAGGAUAACCCAGCCAUGCCUGAAGGGCUGGUUUAUGAGGGUGUGGCCACGGAGCCUUUGAGGUACUCGGGAGGAAGUGCAGCCCAGAGCUCUGUGCUUCAGGCCUUCGACGAGUUCUUGGGCAUUCGGCAUUGCAAGGGAAGUGUAGACUUUCUGCACAGAAUGAGAGACUACAUGCCACCUUCCCAUAAGGCCUUCCUGGAGGACCUGCAUUCAGCUCCUUCACUGAGGGACUAUAUACUGACCUCUGGCGCUGGGUGCUGCCUGACGGCCUACAACCAGUGUGUGGAGGCGCUGGCACAGCUGCGCAGUUACCACAUCAAUGUGGUGGCACGUUACAUCAUCUCCGCUGCUUCCAGGGCCAGGAGCAAGAUGCUGAGCCAUCCCUCGCCCCAUGCCUUGGAGGACAGGGGCACUGGGGGAACUGCAGUGCUGAGCUUCCUGAAGAGCGUCAGGGAGAAGACUGUGGAGGCCAUCCUGCACCCUAAUGCUUAACAGUUCACACCUGCAUCCUUGUGCUUAGCAGUUCACACCCCACAUUCUUGUUUUUAGCAGUUCACACCCUGUAUCCUUGUACUUAGCAGUUCACACCCCACACCCUUGUGCUUAGCAGUUCACAUCCCACAUCCUUGUGCUUAUGCCUCAUGGGUGUCUGAGCCAGGACCAGAGCUCUGCCUGAACCCAAGCAUACUUUUGCUCCAAAGAACCCCAUGUUCUUUGUUCAUAAACUGUGGCUCCCACUUCCACCCCACCCUCAGCCACUUUGCUUGCUAGAAACCUUUCUGUCCUGCCCAAUCCCCCUGCCUCACAGCCGAGAGCUGAAGCCAUGGAGACAUGGCUUCAGUGGGCAAGUCAGAGAUACCCAAGCUCAAGUUUAAAAGAAUCAAAUUGCCUUUGGGCUUCUCACCUCAUCUUUUUCUCCUCUCAAUCUCUUUCCCCUUCCCUCUCUCUCCUCUCCUCUCACCCUCCCCACUUUGUCCUUUUCUUGUCUUCCCGUGUUUUCUCCUUUUUCCUCUUCUUCCCUCUGUCCCCAUCCCUCCUCCCCUUCUCUCCCUUUAUCUUUGACACAGGAUCAAACUAUAUUCUCCAGCCCAGCUUCCAGUAGAACCUGUGAUCCCCUACCUCAACCUUCUGAGGUCAUACAUGUGUACUAACUGCCAUGAACUCUCUCUUCAUUUCUUUAUCCUGCUGGAGAUUACACCUAAGGUUUCGUACACACCAGGCGAUUGUUCCACCACUGAGCUCCAGUCCCAGCUCUCUGUGUUUCUCAUUUUGAAAGAAAGUCUUAUGAGUUUCUUGGGCUGGUAUUGAGCUUUUAAGCUCAUGCUAGACUUAGUGUUUGAGUAUCUGGAAUGAGCCAGUGAGCCACGCCACUGCUGAUAACAAUGAUGAUAAUGAUGGUUGCCUCCCCCUCUUCCUCUUUGUUUAUUUUGGUUUUUAUUUUGAAACAGGUUCUUAGCAUGUUUUAGCUCAAGGCAAUCCUCCAAUCCCAGUCUCCCCUGCACUGGGAUUGUAAGCAUGGUCCACCACAGCUGGCUAUAGAGUCUCUUAAUUCUCUAAGUCCCUACCAUGCUGCUGUACAGAGCCUUGGUUGGGGGACUGUCUGUGAACAGGGACAGCCUUCUCCUUCCUACCCAUACUGAAUUCAACACUGAGGGUUAGAUGCUCCAGUGGGGACAUGUGGGUGAGGGUGCUGGGCAUACAAACCUAAAUGUCACCAGCAUGGGGACUCUCUGCGACUGAACUGGAACUGAUGUGUCUUCCCCACAUGGUGGAGUCAUCGCAAAUUCUAUUUUAAUUCUCUGCUCUAUUUUUAGGGCAAUGUUUUUCUUUUUCCUAGUGACACUGGAAUUUGUAUUUGAAAAAUGCUUUAAUUGACCCUUUGAAACUAAGUGAGCCAAAUAGGAAUAAAUAGAAAGUCCACAUGUUUCAGAUAUAAAUAAAUGUAGCUGUUAUUUUUGAAGUUUCUAGCUCUAGGUCUUACUCUACCUGACAGCAGAAAACUCAGAUUUCACCAGUUUAAAGCCAGUUUCAUUAACUGGGGCUCCCCACGUUUCAAAUGCAUAUGUGCACACACACCUGCACCAGACUUUCCUUCCAUUGUCCCGUGUAGGAGGGGAGCAUCAGUGAGGACCAUUUGAUCAUUGCCCACCCUCUUCCAAAUGUCUGGCCCCUGUGCGGAUCCAGAUCAGGUGGACUUAGCAUCCCUGUUCAUCAUAUCUAAAAAGCCUUUCAGGCCUCAUGGUUCUGUUGUUCCAUAGUCCCUGCUACCAUAAAGACACAUGAGAUUGGCUUAGGAUUUCUACUUUUCAGUAUCUGGGGGAGAGCGAGAAGGCUAGCUCCAAAAGAGAGCUCAAGUCAGGUCCUAACCCAAGGCAUUGUGGCUCUUCCUGUCUCAUAUCCCCUGGGCUCCAUCCAGCAAAGAACGGGAGGUAUACCUGACCAUGAUAAGGGCUUCUCAGAGCCCCAGGGUCAUGCUCCUCUGUCACCGCUCUUGCUGCUCCUCUUCCUGGUGUAGGGCUUAGCAGCGCCCUCAUCUCCUGUUCUCUCCAGAUCCUCAGCCUAAGCUUAUAAUGACUCAAAAAAUCCUUCUCCACCUGACAUCUUUGUCUCCUGGUGAAGUCUCUUUAGCAGCUCCACGCAAGGACACAGGUGUACUUAUUUAUCUCAAAUGUUUCUCUGGGAUGAACCAUGUGUGUUAUGGGUCCAGUAUCUAAGAGGGAGACUAGUUACCUCCAUGCCCCCACCCCUUGCUGUUCCCAAAGAGUGGGCCCUUCAAGGUAAGACCUAGCUUCCCAUCCCGUGGUUCUCACUUUUGAAACAGUGUGGUUGGUUUUCAAUCAGUCCCAUAGAGAAACUGAUCCUUGGUUUCUUACUCAUUAUGAAAUGAAAAUAUCAAGUCUCAGGAUGGAUAGAAAAUAAGGGAUAGAGUCCGGGGCAAAGUGUGUUGUGAAGUGGGGGGCUCAGGUGCAUUUCUCAGGGGUGUUGCAUUUGUUACCAGUGCAGGAGACGGGAAGACACUGGUUUCUCACAAGGUUGUGUCCAUACAUGGUUGGAGUGAGUUCUGGUUAUUUUUAAGAAGAGUACUAAAGACGCAGACGAUUUUAACAUCCAGACAGCGAAACCAUUAAAGCCAUGAAGCUAGGCAGCAGGAAGGUGCUUAGAGCUCCAGUCUGCCUUUACUCUGAGCUAGCUCUGAGCUGUCCUUCAAGAGGGACACGGCCCUCUCAGCUGUCAAGGUGCGAAGUUAAGGCAGCAAGUCCCAAACUGAGUCUUCUCUGGCUCAUUUGGAAACUGCCAUUCACUGUUUCCAAAUAAGUGUUAAAGUAAAGCCCCUCUGGGAAGAAAAAAAGGGGAAGGAGAAGAAAGAAAAGAACCAAUGCUAACUCCAGCUGUGCAUGGACACAACCUUCUAAGGAACGGCAUCUUCCUGUCUCCUGCAUUGGUGACAGGGGCAACAGCCUAAGAGGGUCUUGUGCACACAGUUCUGACCUUGGGGACCUAGCCCUGUCUCUAUGGAUGAGGGUUCAUCCUCCAUCAGUGUCCUCAAAACCCA